AGACUUGAAAGGUGUGAUAGUCACUCUGAGUGAUGAUGGGCAUCUUCAGUGUUCCUACCUUGGAACUGAUCCUUCAAUCUUCCAGGCUCCUAGGGUUGAUUCUAGGGAAAUAAACUAUGAAGAAUUUGAUGCUGAAAUGAAAGAGCUUCAGAAGAUCAUCAAGGAGGCCACAAAAACACAAGAUAUUUUGCCCAAAUCUGAAAAACACAGAGAUCUAAUUGUGACAGCAGAAGUUUCACCCAAUUUGGAUGCAGAAUCUCAAGCCAUUGACAGUGAGGUAAAAGCAGAGACAGUACCAUCAGUCACAGUAAAGAUAAGGAUACAGAGCAAAGUGGCUGCACAGAAACCAAGCCUGGUGGUGUGUGUACAAGCUCCCUUAGCAGUGACCUGUGACCAGUUCACCUUUGAUGAUUUAGAACCAGGUUCAUCUGAAACUGUGGUCCUCUCUGUCUUUUUGAAGGGGAAUUGUUCUCCAUCAGAACUGGAAGGAGAAUGUCUAGUUUCAUAUAACAUACCCACAGAGCUCAAUCCUGAAGGAAUACCAAAGGUUGCCCAAUGUACCUUCAGGCUGCCGCUGCGCUUGAUUUGCUUUCCAGCUCAGCCUUCCAAAGCAGCAAACCACAAGCUAACUAUUGAUACCAAUAAACCUCCCAUCAGUUUUCUCAGCAUUUUUCCAGACUUUGUUGAUCCAUCUGAGGAUGACCAGGCAAAUGCUCUGGGAUUUCAGUUUUUAACUGGUUCAAAAGCCACUCUUCUUGCUUCAAAAACAUCACAACGAUAUAGGAUCCAGAGUGAUCAGCUAGAAGACCUUUGGCUGGUAACAAAAGAGCUCACACUUCGGCUCGAAGAACACUUCAAGAAGCAAAACUGCAAAGAUUUUGCCUGUACCUUUUCUGGUUCAAUUCCCCUGCAUGAAUACUUCGAACUAAUAGAUCGACAUUUUGAGCUCCGUUUGAAUGCUGAGAAGUUCCAGGAGCUGUUGUCUGAAAGGGCUGUGCAGUUCCGAGCCAUCGAGCGGCGGUUGCUGACACGAUUCAAAGACAAAACUCCUGCUCCUCUUCAACAUCUGGACACCUUGCUGGAGGGAACAUUCAGAGAGGUAAUAGCUCUAGCAGAUGCAGCAGAAGAAAAUCAAGCCAACAUGUUCCAGGCAUUCACAAAGUUGAGAAGUGCCACCCAUCUGGUGAUUAUGCUGCUUAGUCUGUGGCAGAAGCUGAGCACUGAUCAAGUUGCUAUUCUGGAAGCUACGUUUUUGCCAUUAGCAGAAGACACACAAGAGCUGGGUUGGGAAGAAACUGUGGAUGCUGCCAUUUCUUACUUGUUAAGAACUUGUUUGUCAAAGAGCUCUAAGGAACAGGCGCUGACUGUCAGCAGCCAGUUGUCCAUGCCCAAAGAUACUAGCAGACUGAAGAAGAACAUCACCCUCUUCUGUGACAGACUGGCCAAAGGUGGUCGCCUUUCCUUAAGUACAGACUCGGCCACUCAGCAAACUGCUGUCAUGCCAG